AUGCAUAUCCAAGAGUUCCCCGACACUAUUUUGCUAUUAAUUUUUCGAUGUCUCAGCGAGACAGACUUGUGCCACAUUGCCCAGGUCUGCCGAAGAUGGAGGUUGAUCGCGUAUGACAGUUCACUGUGGAAGUCAGUGAAUCUUAAACGGUUUCACAAACUCAAUGAAAUGUGCCUUAUCAAGGUAAUUCGUUCUCGGAUGGUGCCAAUGCUAUACAAGCUUAACCUAGGAGGGUUUACGUUGUCGCCAAGAGUUUUUCACGUUCUAGUGGAGAAUUGUCCUAAACUAAGAGUGCUCUGUUUAGAGUCCACAACAUUUGUUGAAGACUUCACGAGGAAGGUGAGUAGUAAGGGGUAUAAAGACAAAAAAAGAAAGAAAAACGAAAAAGAAAAGAAGAUAAGACAGUGCCAAUUUUUCCCUUGCAACGAGUGGUUGAAUGACGGAGGAAACAACGCGGCGGAUAAGAGGUUGACAACUCGAACUUAGGAUGUGUAUAGGUCUGGAUUCAUGUCUUGUUCUUGCGUUGUUUCCUUAGACAAGAACUUUGACUCUUUUCACUCGGAACAGGUGCAUGUAUGGGUACCGGCGACACACCACACUGCUGGGGGUAACCCUCUUAGGGAGGGGAAAGGAGGGGUGGGGGAGGGGGGCAGCAAUGCAGCAAUAUACCAAUACACCUUGGUCUUUCAUGCUACUGAAACCGAGAUAAGCUUCCCACCGUGCAGGCUUCGAUAGUUCAAGUGCGCUUUUACCAAAGAGGUAAUAUCGGACGUGACAGCACAAAAAAGAUGCACUUUGGUGUCGCUUCAGCACUUGUUUGUUCCCACCUCGCCCACCCAGACCAGUCACGGCACAAGUGAGAUAAACCAUGACACCAGGGUUUUCAAUCCCCUCACUUUUGGAACAACGUCAGGAGUCCUUUUACUUCCCCUCCUACCUGACAUGUAAGGAUGAUAUUCCAUUUCAAUGACAAAAGUGAUGAACUCGCUAAUGUUAAUUAUAAUUUGUUUGCCUCAGCUGGGUUCUAUAAAUAGCGACUGUUUACAGCGACAUUUAAAAAUAUCAGAGCGAGAAAUAUCUUACAAGUAUUUCUUUUAAAAAGAAAACAACAACAGCGAUCGUGGUCGAUUGUCGCCUGGCUUUCACCACGCAAUCUCCCGCACAGCAGGCGAGUGACGCGCUUUAUUUGCUGUUAAUUUCUGGCUCAUGUAUUGAAUCAGCACAAAUGAUUACAAGAGAGUUAGAACAAAACAAUUUGUAAGCUAUUUGUAUUUGUUCUAGGAGACAUCGUUCCCGGACAACCUUUCAAAAUUGGAUAUACGCCACAGCUCUGGGCACCCAUGCGCCUUUAGAGUCAUGUCCCACCGUCUACAAACAGUAAAGUGCCUUGGGGUUAGUGAUCCAUUAUUUGAGAGCCUAGAGUUGGAAGUGGAAAAACGACGGGUUUUUGUCUCGCUACAAGCUGUGAGAAUACUUGAGUUCAGUUACUGUUCUUCACUCACAGAUCAAAUGGUGCGUUACAUCGCAGAAUACUGCAGGUAAAGAAUUUGGGAUGAACGAGAACAUUUUCCCCAUCACUACCCAAGAUUUUGGUUGGGAACAGAGAAUUGACUGCCAUUAAGAAUUAACUGAAGGCGGGAUGUUUAAGUCAAUCAAACGAAAACGAGAUGCAACGUUAAUUAACAGCGAGAAGCUAUUUCCUUUCGCUCUGCUGCUGCGUUAUAAGUAAUCUGAAAACUAGGUCUAAGCGUGAAAACUUGCUAAAUUUGCGCAAUCUUAAGCCUGUGUAAUAGGAGAGGUCAUUGCAAGACAGGCAUUGUUUAAUACGAAUCUUGAAAAAUCUUAUUCACAGGAAUCUUCAAUCACUCUGUCUCCGAAGAUGCAACAACAUUCAGGGUGAGAGCCUUCCGAAGCUAAUCGAUAACUGCUCGUCACUGACGUCACUGGUGCUUGAUGGCACGAAUGUUUCGGACAACGCUGUUACGUCCGUUCGCUGGGAGAAGUCGGUAAUUUCAGAAGUAGACUUAUCUUGGUGCAGACACCUGACUGAACACGGUUUAAAAUUCAUGUUACCACGCUGUCGGUUUCUCCGUUAUCUGCGACUCUGCUGUUGUGGGUAGGUUUGGGGUACAACCAAGAAACUAAUCUAGUAAUGGUUUAAUUUAUGCCACCUCUAGAUCAUCAAAACCAUGAAGCUACAACUGCAUUGAACUGUACUGGCAUGUAACUGUGACAAUGCGCUGUAGCCUCUGGCCUUGGUGGGUCACAAUCCUUUGGGAGGGAGAGUGGCACAAAGGCAUACUUGUGACGGAGAGUUGCGAAGACUCUUACGGCAGGGUCCACGAAGCUAUGGGGCUGGCAGGGCUAUAGCCAAACCGGGGAUCCUCCUGAAUAAGCUAUAGCGCCUUUAGGUAGUCGUUGAGCUUGCGCGUAGCGUAAGCUGGCCCCAGCAAUCCAAAAUAUGUUUCAAGGUCUCUGUAUGGGCCCUCUGCAACAUGAACCUUCGACGAUGGUAUUGUUUACCGUAAAAUUCCGAAAAUAAGUCCCUUCAUGUAUAAGCCCCUCCAAAUAUAAGCCCCCCAAACCGAUAACGCAAAAAACCCUCCGUUAAAUCGCCCCUCCAAAUAUAAGCCCCCGGGGGCUUGUACUUGAAAAAUUGCCCUCAAAUACAAAGUAAAACAAAGCAAAAACAGUAAAUUUACUUCCAAAUAUAAGGCUAGCCCAAUCGAUUUUAAAACGCAAAUUUCCCUCCGUAGAUAAGCCCCUCCGAAUAUAAGCCCCUCCAAAAAUAAGUCCCUCGAAGAGGGCCUUCGAAAAAUAUAAGCCCCGGGGCUUAUUUUCGGAAUUUUGCGGUAUUAACAGUUUUGAAGUCUCGAGUACGACUAGAAUCCUAAAGCAUUCUGCACCGCUAACUGCGUUUACACUGAAAAUGACCUUUUUGGUAGGCCUUGAAAAACAAAAAAAGUGAUUGGCCGGAGACAACUGUAACGACAACAGCUACUCUAUUCCAAACAGGUAUGGUCACGCAAUCACAGACGAUGUCCUGAAUGCGAUGACUCAAAACCCCUGCUCUUUUUUAGAAGUAUUGGAUCUCAGCUAUAGCAGUGAAGUAACAAACAGCGCCCUCGGAAGAUUCAUAACAAACUGCCCUUCGUUGCGAUAUCUGAGAGUCUACCAUUGUCAAAUGCUUACGUCAGCGUUAAUGAGUCUCAUUCCCAGUGACUCGCAGGUAUUCGUCGUCGCAAACUUUUUCUCGCUGCAGCGAGGGGGGCUAGUGACGAGCGCUACCUCGGAGGGCCCGUGGACAGUUUGGUCAGCGCCAAUGAGCUAUUCUCGAACGAUGAGUUUAGAUCAAAGUUUACAAGAGGACUAA